AUGCUCAAAACCCAUCAGUCGUGGCCUUGUCUUAUUGUCUGGUGGAAUAGUGCUCUCAGAACAAGCUUGAUUAAAGAAGUCGGGGUUAAGGAGAAAAGGAUGUCGUUGGUUAAAGAAGGAGGUUCGAUAACGUAUCAAGUUUUGGUUUUGACUCCAACGAAUUAUCCGAUGUGGGCGGUCAAAGUCAAGUCGAAUAUGGAUGCACACGGCAUAUGGGAGACGGUUGAACCAAAGGCGUUAGGUGAAGCAUCAGAUCAAAAGAAGUCAAACAAGCUCUUGCUUUUUUGUUUCAAGCGAUACCUGAAGACAUGGUGUUGCAAAUGGCGAGUUACAUUGAACCAAAGAAAGCGUGGGAUGGGCUGA